AUGGAAUUCUCAAGCUUUACUUUCUUCUUCAUGAGCUCUCUAGUUUCUUUUCACUUCAUAGAUUCCAAGUAUAAAAACGAUCGGCCGACGACAGAAGCAGAGGUCACCGGACUCCUCAUCGCCGCUCUCUUUGCCGGCCAGCACACGAGCUCCAUCACCUCCACCUGGUCCGGAGCUCACCUCCUCACUAGCGGGAAGCACAUGUCAGCUGCGGUGGAGGAGCAGAUGAGGCUGAUGGAGAAGCACGGAGACAAGGUCGACUACGAUGUGUUGUCGGAGAUGGAGGUUCUCUACAGGUGCAUCAAGGAAGCCCUGAGGCUCCCUCCACCAUUGAUCAUGCUUCUGAGAAGCUCACACGCUGAUUUCAGUGUGAAGAGCAAGGAAGGAGUGGAGUACGAUAUCCCCAAGGGGCAUAUCGUGGCUACAUCGCCUGCCUUUGCGAAUCGACUCCCGCACAUUUACAAGGAUCCCGACACUUAUGACCCCGACAGGUUUGGUACGGGGAGAGAGGAGGACAAGGCGGCGGGAGCUUUCUCAUACGUAUCCUUCGGUGGUGGGAGGCACGGUUGUCUGGGGGAGCCGUUCGCGUAUAUCAAAGCCAUCUGGAGCCACUUGCUCAGGAACUUCGAGAUGGAACUUGUCUCUCCCUUCCCGGAGAUUGAUUGGAAUGCCAUGGUUGUUGGUGUCAAAGGGAAAGUCAUGGUGCGCUACAAACGCAAACGCCUUCCCAUCAACUGA